CUGCAAAUGAAGUGGACAGUAAGUCGAGAACACCAUUAUCAUACGCCGCUAGCCGGGGCAAUUCCGAUGCAGUUGCUGCAUUACUAGAAGCUCGGAUUGACGCGAAUCUGGACGACAGUGUUGGCUGGAGUCCUAUUCAUUAUGCUUCCAUGGCAAAUCGACACAUGGUCGUUCGACUGCUUUUAUUGGCAGGCCCGGAUGUAAAUGUCAAGGACAAGAAUGGCGAUACGGCCUUGCACUUCAACUCGAAAAGAAGUAGCAGCAAGACUGCUGUUGUAGAGAAGUUGCUCGAGCUUGGAGCAGACGUUAACGCGCGCAAUAACCUAGGGCAAACGCCAAUCCACCGCUUUGCGAGCAGUAACUCCUUCUCUGUUGGUAAAAGAGACGUGCCAAAACUCAUUGCCGCUGGCGCAGAUCUCAACGCGGCGGAUAAUCAGGGCAAGACACUCCUCUCACUUGCGCUUCGCCAAUAUCAGCCCACUAAAGCCGUUGGGGCUAUCCUAGACAUGGGAGCGGAUAUCAACGUUCGGGAUCUCGAGGGUAGGAGUAUUCUUCACCUUGCC